UUCUAGAUUAAAAAUGCCAUUGAGAAUAUUUGAGAAAUCAUUUGCCAUUCUAAACAUAUUCUUUGUGUUUUACUACAUCUUCACGUUUACAGAAGGGGUGAGCAUGACUCCUUCGACGGUGACUUACCUCCUGCUCUUCUUCAUGCUGAUGUUCUUUAAUUACAGACUUGAAGGGAUGAAAAUACAGAGCUUGAUCUAUUUGAUAGCCCAUCCUUUGUUGGUCUAUGGAGACCUUGCAGAAGACGAUCAGACUAAGGGAAUGUCAAUAGGAUUCUUCAUUGCUGUGUGUAUAACUGCUAUGACACUGGUGUUGUUCUUUUCUCCCAGUAAUAAUGUACCUAUUAAAGGGAAAUCAGACACUGGGUUUAAAGAUGUCCUUAUUGGAGAUAAAGCAGGAGAUAGACCCAUCCGACUAUCCGUUUUCUAUCCGACUAAAAAGAAAGGUGGAUUCAAAGUAGGGAGCAACAAGCCUAAUAGACCUUUCUGGGCACCCGAUGGAGAAAACACUGUUAGAGGAAUGUUCAAUAAUGCUAGAUUUAGCUCUAAUAUUUUCAACUUCUUAAAAUACUCCGAAAUGGAUUGUGACAGAGACGGUGAGCUUGAUGAAGAAUACAAGGAUAGAAAGAUGCCAGUUGUUAUCUUUUCUCAUGGUAUCAGAGGUCAUAGAAAUAUCGCAAGUGGCUUACUGAGAGAACUAGCAAGCCAAGGAUUUGUGGUUUACUCUCUUGACCAUAAUGAUGGAACUAGCGCCUCUACACUAGAUGAGAAGACUAAUGAGAUUAAUUAUUACCAGCAAGAAGAUAUGACCGAUUUGAACCUGUGGAAAGAGAGGAUUGAGGUCAGAUAUGAAGAGGUUAAAGAUGUACUAAAUCAUAUCCAUUCUGUACCGAAAGAUGUUAGUGGUGAUAUAGAGUAUGAUCUUGAUAGGGUUAUCAUGAUUGGUCAUGGAUUUGGAGGAUGCACUGCUCUGCUUUCUUGACAGAGAGAACCGAGAAGGAUCUCACAUUGAGUAAUGCUAGAUCCUUGGCUCUUCGUGCUUUAUAGAGAGAUUAUUGAUAAUGGAUUUAGUAUUCCACAAGUUAUGCUGGCUGUUAACUCAGAAGAAUAUCAUCCGAUGGUAGAAGGCUUUGACAGCUGGGAGACUUUGCAGUAUCUUUUCCAUAACGCUAAUGCAAUGGAGGACUUAAAUGUUAUGAUUGAAAAGACCGGUCAUUUGUUCCAAACAGAUGUUCUAUCCUUGGCUCCAUUAGAAUUUAAAAUGUGGACCGAGAGAAAUCCAAGUGUUGAAGUAGUAGAAAUGUAUGAAUUAGGGAACAAAGUAGUGAUGAAAUGGCUUAAAGAUUACGGAUUUCCUGACAUAAACAUCACUCCUCAUACCCAGAUUGACGAAUACUAUGAAAAACAAUAUGUAAAAAUCUUGAACAAGCCCCAGGAACCUUCGACUGGAGAGAGUAGUCAGACAAAUUCAUUAGAUGAUGAAGAUAACAACGAGACUGCAAUAGAGGAUUCCACAAGAAUUGAGGAGGAUCAGAAGACAUAA